AGUGCAGGGAGGUACAGACGUAUAUUAGAGUUAAGGUUAGAAUUAAAAGUUACUGUAUUUGAUCACAAGUGUGUUAAGAUGUCAGAGGGAGACUAUGAAAACCCAGAUGGAUUUGAAGACGAGGAGCCUGAUGCAAUGAAGAACACAGACAUUGAUGGCCAAUUAUAUUCCAAUGUAAGAGCCUUCAAGCCCAGUACAAGAGAUGGAGUUGUUUCUUCUGUACAUGUUCAGUGGUGGAAGAGACCCUCUGGAGUUGCUGCAGUGUGUCUGGGGCUGCUGUGUGUUCUCCUACUGGCUGGGAUCAUAGGCCUGUCUGUCUACUAUGGAGUCAUUGGUCAUCACAACUUAACAGAGAGAAACCAGCUACUGGUCAGUUACAGCAAUCUGACUAAAGAGAGAGACCAGCUACGGACCAGUUAUAACAACCUGACUAAAGAGCGAGACCAGCUACAGACUGAGAGAGAUUUUCUUAGCGGGAGGUUUUCCAAUUGCAAACAAAGUUGUCCUGAAGGCUGGCAGAAGUUUCAAUCCAGUUGGUACUUCCUGUCUACUGAGUCUAAAACCUGGAAGGAGAGCAGAGAGGACUGUCUGGAGAGAGGAGCAGACCUGGUGAUCAUAAACAGUGAUAAGGAACAGGAGUUUCUCUUCAACCUCAACAAGGGAGUCUGGAUUGGUCUGACUGACUCUGUUACUGAGGGGACCUGGAGAUGGGUGGACGGCACCCUUCUGACCACCCCAAGGUACUGGUCUCCAAAUCAGCCUGAUAAUGGUGGUGGCCUAGCCAUAUAUGGUGAGGAGGACUGUGUUCACAUACAACAACAUCGGAGUCCUCUUGAGCCAUGGAAUGACUUGUCAUGCGACAGCAAACUCAAAUGGAUAUGUGAGAAAGUGCUUUAACAUCACCAUGACAACACCCUGUAACACAUACAGCAGGCAACAGUACACACAACUUCUUAUUUCAUUAUCUCUCUCUCUCUCUCUUUCACACUCUCUCUCCGUCUCAACUCCCCCCACCACACACACACACCAUCUCACCUAAUCAUCACCAGUUUACAAUUGGCUCAUUCAUCCCCCUCCUCUCCCCUGUAACUUUUCCCCAGGUCAUUGCUGUAAUUGAGAACAUGUUCACCUAUUGUUGUAUUUGUUUGUAGUAUCAUAUUAAUAAAAGUUCUACUUAUUUACUGUU